GGCUCUCGCUCCUGCUGCUCCUUCGUGCGGGGUGUGAGGCGCGCAAGGGCUUUCUCUGGUUUAUGUCGUUUUAAAAAAAUGUUUUUUUCUUUUAUUAUUAUUAUUAUUAUUGUCGUGUGCCUGUCUUUUUUCUUUAAAAACACACACCAGAGGGUGCUUAAGCGCGGCGCAAGCGUCGGCCCUCUUUUGCUGGUUUGUUUGUGGAUGAUGAUGAUCGUGUAUAUUUAUUUUUAAAAAAUGUAUAUAUAUAUAUAUAUAUGUUUCCGACUCCUCUCCAAGGGAAAGAAAACGCACCAACCCCCUGUGUCUUCUCUCUCUCUUUCUUCUCUCUCUCUCUUUCUCCAUCUCUCUCUUUUGUUUUUGUUUGUAGGGAUCCCUUUGUAUUUUGUGGAUUUGCAGGAUGACUUAGAUGAUUUUGGGUUUGAAGACUAUGGACCAGAUUGUGAUAGCAUGAGGAUAACUGCAUUCUUGGACAUUCCAGGACAGGAUAACUUGGCUCCGCUUGCACGUCUGGAAAAAUAUGCUUUUAGUGAUAAUAUAUUUAACAGGCAAAUCAUUGCCAGAGGUCUACUUGAUGUCUUUCGAGAUUUCAGUCACAAUGAAGAAGAUUACUUAACAGUAAUGGCAAUAGUAGUCCGACUGGCUGAAGAUACAGAGCCUACUGUACGGACAGAAUUAAUGGAGCAGAUACCACCAAUUGCUAUUUUUCUACAGGAGAGUAGACCAAACUUUCCUACCUCCUUUUCUGAAUACCUUAUGCCUAUUGUGGUGAGAUAUCUCACAGAUCCAAAUAACCAGGUUAGAAAAGCAAGCCAGGAUUCACUACUCAUACUACUGGAACAAGGUCUUCUUGGUCAAUAUGAUAUUGAAAAUAAAGUGUGCCCAAUCCUGUUAGAUCUUUCUGCUCCUGAGAGUGAUGAUGAAUACAAAGUGGAAGCUGUAAACAUAAUCUGCAAAAUGGCUUCUAUGGUGAACAAAUCAACCGUUGAACAGUUGCUGCUUCCCCGAUUCUGUGAGCUCUGUGGUGAUGGGAAACUCUUUCAGGUUCGGAAGGUUUGUGCAGCAAACUUUGGAGGUAUUUGCAAUGCUGUGGGGCAAGAAGCCACAGAAAAGAACUUGAUUCCGAAGUUUUUUGAGCUCUGCUCUGAUAGCGUUUGGGGUAUGCGAAAAGCUUGUGCUGAAUGCUUUAUGGCUGUCUCCUACACCAUUUCACCUGAAGUUCGGAGAAGCAAGUUGUCUCCCCUCUUUAUUAGUCUCAUCAGUGACCCUUGCAGAUGGGUUCGUCAAGCUGCUUUCCAGUCCCUCGGGCCGUUUAUUUCUACUUUUGCAAACCCUUCCAGUGCUGGUCUUUACAUUCGGGAGGAUGGGACACUUAGUAUCCGGCCUUCCAGUCCAUGCCCAACAGGCAACAAUGCAAAUGAUGUGUCAUCCAGUCCAGAGGAGCAGGUGGGGAAGAAAUUGGAAUCACUGACAGACGGGCCUUCUGCUAGCUGUGAGAAUUCAAAUUCAGAUGCAACGAAAGAAAGUUCAGCCAUACAAGUAAACAUUGGAGUGGAUCAGACUAUAUUGACUCAGAGUGAUAAUGCUGAUCCUUGUGUGACCAAGGAUAUUAAGGAAUGCCAAAUCAACAGUUAUCAGGAAGUGAACUCAAGGGUCCAACCAGCAGAGGAUGUGUUCAAUACCUUCUUAUACUGGCGUCCUCCUCUUCCUGACAUAAGUCAGGAUCUAGAAUUCCUUCAGUGCAAAACUGAGAUACAUGAAGAGAGCUGCCCGGUGUCGGAAGUUCUUUGUAAUAAUUGUGUUGCCAGCAGUGAAAUAAAAAAAGUUCUGCAGAGUUUGCAGGAACACAUGGAUGACCCAGAUGUUCAAGGUAAGAUUUUACACUCUUGUGUUCUUAGACCCGACGAAGUUUGGCCUGCUGUGUAUUCUGUAACUGCUGUCGUCCUGCACUUGCUUGUUUCCACUGUGCAGUUGCCAUCUGGAGCGGGGAGACGGAACGCUAUACUUGAACAGAUGUCUUUCAGUGCUGAUCCAUUCUUUCUCUGGUUUAAUUUAUUAUUAUCAUCAAUAAUUUACUCUCUUUUUUUUUGUCUCCAGGAUAUCAUACCUCAGCCUUUAUUGGACCAGUACUUAUCUAUGACGGACCCUGCUCGAGCACAGACUGUUGAUACUGAAAUUGCAAAACACUGUGCAUACAGCCUUCCUGGUGUGGCCUUAACACUUGGUAGGCAGAACUGGCAUUGUUUGAAAGACACAUACGAGACCUUGGCAUCAGAUGUACAGUGGAAGGUGCGUCGGACACUUGCUUUCUCUAUUCAUGAGCUGGCUGUUAUUUUGGGAGAUCAGUUAACAGCAGCGGAUCUAGUGCCUAUUUUCAACGGCUUCUUAAAAGAUCUGGAUGAAGUGCGAAUUGGAAUCCUUAAACAUCUUUAUGACUUCCUUAAGUUGCUUCACGCUGACAAAAGACGCGAGUACCUUUACCAGCUACAAGAAUUUGUGGUUACCGAUAACAGCAGGAAUUGGCGGUUUCGUUAUGAGCUUGCAGAGCAACUCAUUUUGAUACUGGAGCUCUAUAAUCCCAAUGACGUAUAUGACUACUUGCGGCAUAUUGCACUAACACUCUGUUCAGAUAAAGUUUCUGAAGUCAGGUGGAUCUCCUUCAAGCUGGUUGUGGCAAUAUUACAGAAAUUUUAUGCAAACAGUGCAAACUCUCUGGGUUUAAAUUUCAUUAAUGAGUUGAUUGUGAGGUUCCGUCAUUGUUCCAAGUGGGUUGGAAGACAAGCAUUUGCCUUCAUCUGCCAGGCAGUCGUUGAAGAGGAAUGCAUGCCUGCUGACCAUUUUGUUGAACACUUGUUACCUAGCCUUUUAAGUCUGGCUUCUGAUCCUGUGCCCAAUGUAAGGGUUCUGCUUGCUAAAGCUUUGAGGCAAACACUGUUGGAGAAAGUAUAUUUUAGAAGUGUUGGCAACCCUCACCUGGAAGCCGUUGAAGAGACUGUCCUAGUUCUGCAGGCGGACAGGGACCAGGAUGUUUCCUUUUUUGCCACCAUGAAACCAAAACACAAUAAUAUGCACAUUACUUCACUUGAGAAGCAAAAUUAACUUCAUUUGUCCACGUGGACCACAAAAUGAUGACUCAACUAACAGGUUGCUGCUUUGGCAACGAACCUGGAGGAAGGAACUGCAUCAAGCAACCAAUGUAACCAAAGGGAAAAGGGCUUGUUCUUAAUACCGUCAUUUAAACGAGGAACACAUUGACCUUUUAUCUACAGACUGGCAAUACUGAUAGGGAAUGCCCACCAAUCAUUCAGCUUUUGGUUUUUCCCUUUCAAGGAUGUGGGCAGGGACACUCCUCUCUACAGAAAGUAUUUAUGUAUUGCUCGUGUUAAGUUGUACACGUCCAUUGCUUCAUCGUCACCCCAGAUAACAGGAAUAUGCCUUUUGAACACGGUGACUCGGAGACAAGGAAAGGCUAAUCACUUGGCUUCCAAUUCAGAGUGGCGCACAGAGCUAUAUAGUCAGUGAACAUAGAAAAUGUGGACUCUCACCCAUUUUGUUGUAAUGGACACUCGCUGUUGCAUUGCUAAUGGCAUCACAUUUUAUUAUAUAAAUUCAUCCAGAAAGUUGGCAAAGAAUUUGGAAAACUUGAAUCCAUAUCUGUAAGCCAUUAAGAAAAACCAGCACAGUUGUUUUAUUAGAGCAAAAGUAAAUUUUCAUUCCCCCUGGGUGGAGGUGACAUUUUAAAAAACAACAACAGAGGGCUUCACUUUUGUGAAUUGUAGCAUUUUUGGGUUUUUCUGUGUUUGUAUGUCAUGUGUGUGUGUGUGUGUGUGAGAGAGAGAGAGAUAGAGAUAGAGAGAGAGAGAGAGAGAUUCAUAGUGGUAGCUUUUCUUUAUUCUUGCAGUUAUCUCAAUCUUUUUCUGCUAAGGCUGUUACAUGAAUAUAAGCUGCAGUUCUCAAACAACUACCUUUGAAGUAGUUCUUGUAUAUUUGUUGGGCCUCCUCCAAAGUAAGUGGCUUGAGGCUUGUGGAUAUAGACUGUUGGGCCUUCAAUCCUGGGAUAUGGUUGGAAUUUGGUCAAACGUCUAAAGAACACACGAAAGCUUUUGCUUGUUUAUGAGUGCAAGAUCAGAGAUCUGGGGAUCUGGGUUUCUCAACUUUGGAUCUUGAAAGUUGCUACCCCCCCCCCCCCGAAGAUUGGUGGGAAUUUUAGUACAAAAUGUGUCCCGCCCAAAGAACUGUGUGUGACCUUCUCUUCCCACAUGGGGGCUUUUCAGCCACCUCCUUCCAACUGCAUCCUCCUCAAAAAGAUUGCUCUGAAGAUUCCAUUUGGUGUGGGGGACCACCACUAGAAGGGAAAGCCAAGACCUCUCUGUCUCUGUGUGGAAUCAUGUUGCAUGUGUCCACAGACCUCUGGAUUUCCCACUAAUUCUGGCUUAUGGUUGUAAACUCUGAGUAGCAUUGUCUUGGAAGGGAUAUAAAUCAGUGGAAGUAUAAAUGGGAAAGGAAAAAUGGAGGGGGAUCUAAGCAUUGCAUAGUUAAUAUACUAUAUGCAUGAGUCCUGGAAAAUGAAUGACACCAACUAGCUGAUUCACAUUGUGUUCCCAGCUGUAGGGCCAUUCUCAUGAGUUUCCAUCUUUGGAUACCCAUGAAAAUGCAAUCUUUAAAUACAUAAUGAACAACUUCUCUAGGGACGGUGGAGUCCAGAAACCCAGAUUAUACUAUAUGUACAGAAGCAAAUUAUGUAUAUGUUAUAGGUCUUCACCAGGGAUUAUUCAGGGGGGUGAUUGCUGCUGGAAUUUAAUAUUUAUUUAUGAUUUGGCCAUAAGUAGAAAAGUUCUGCAGUAGAGUCUUAACAGUUAUGAAAUAGUAUCCUCUUCAAGUUUUCUUUACUUGAAUAUGCAAGCCUCACAGCACAAUUAUACAUAAAUGCAACUUGGAAGUAAGUCCCGCUGAACUUGGUGAUAAUUACUUCCAAGUAGAUAAGAUAUAAGAUUGUGCUGUUUGGAAUUUAAAUGCAGAAAACCUCACAGGAAGCACUGUAACCUUAGGCUAAGCAUAACUGAAUCUCUUUCUUUUUUUAAAGGUAUCUGACAAAAUCACAUUUAGCAGUAAGUAAAUAUUUUCCGUUUAGCAUUUGUCUGGUAUCUAGAUAGGGCAUAACUAUGGCCUCUCAAAUAUCUUUGCUUCAUUAAGUGGUUGUACUGUCAGAAUUGUCAGCUUGCUUCCUAGUAUGUUUCUCAAUUUGUUUAUUUUAUGGUUUAAUUUGCUACAAUUGCCUACUGAAUUCUGGACAUAAUACUAUGAAAUAUUGUGCUCCAGAUUGCAAUACAGAGUUUGUUUAUAAUAGCAUUUUGCUUUGCAAGAUCCUAAAAUGCUUUUUAGAAAUGUGUCCUUGCUAUUUCAGUACAAUACGUUUAAACUCUGUGAAUUCUGCAAGGUGGUUCUACACUUAAAUGUUUUAAUAUGUUUAAAACAAAAUGCCUCUUCAAUGCAAAUGAUUUUUAUGACCGCAGUUUUUCAGCAAAAUGUCAGUUUUUUUUGUAGUUUUAAUAUCUUUUUCUAAUGCUAACAUACAAGUAUUUUUUAACAGUUCAGAUUUUUCUAAAAUUGUUCUAACCAGUUUUUGGUUUUGUUGACCAUAACAGGUCGUUAAAUUUUUUUCAGCACUGAUCAUCUUUUUUUAAGUGUAUAUAGAAAUGUUUGAAAAGAAUUGUAUAUGGUCUGCUGUUUGGACAUUAAAAUAAUCCAGUUUGGGCUGCCAUGUUGUUAGAUUUAGAUUGAUAGGUACCCUUUGCUACACUAGCCUAACUAAAUAACCUAAGUAUCCAUAUGUCUUUAGAAAGUUGGAGUAGUUUUCAUGAAGGUAUUGUUUAGUUAGUUUCACUUAUGCAUGAGUAAGCUGUUAAACUUAAUUUUGCAGAAGCAACAAAUCAAAAUUUUCAUUAAAAAAUAGCACCUUUUUUCUAAAUCCAGGAGUUUUCACCAUUUUUAAAAUGGGAUUUUUGUUCUUAAAUUGUUUUUUAAAAAGGUGUUUAGAAAACUAGAGUUGCAUGCACUUGAGGAGAGAGAAUUCUGGGCAGUUCUUUUUGACUUUUCCCUCUCUCACCUCACCUUUCCAACAUUGAAAUGCCCCCCCCCCCUCCAAUUUUGUGUGUUUCGCAUUCCAUUUCUUAUUGGCAAUAGGUGAGAGUAGCAAAGAACUUCACUGUCACAACCUCCAUUCAUUUCACAGUGGCUUGUUUGUCGCUUCUGCAUAAACAUAACUGAAAUGACUGAAAAGUGGGCAGCAACGGUUCUUAACUUGCUCCCCAAAGGAUUUUGUGCAUGAUGACAGCACCUUAUAAAUCACUCUCUGGGCAGAUGGAUGUAUGCUGUGGAGUAACAUAUUCAUUCACUCUGUUUUAAAUUAUGUGAAAAGAAAUUUGGUGGACCUCACAUGGAGCAAAAGUUGCCAUCCCUCUCGCACAAAAGUUGCAAGGAUUUUGCUUUUAGAUAAGGGAUGCGAAAAAUAUAAGUGGUGCAAUACUGAAAUAUUGUAAUCCAAAGCACGCUAGCCAUUUUGCCUCAAAAUCAAACCUGCUGUUAUCUGCUGUAUGUGGUUAUAAAUUUGGCGUCUCCUGGAAUCCUGCCCAAGUGGCAGUUGUAUGUCUGUAAAAGGUAAUGUUUAGGACCCAGAAUAGAUGAAGACACUCUGGAAGUGCCGCUGAUUUUGUCAAAACAUAGAAUCUAUGUAACUUUUUAUUCAUAUUUAUCUCAAUAAAUCCAAUGACUGUUUCCCCAAA